AUGUUUAUGAGUAUGGUAGAAGCUGUCAGCCUGCCUGGUAGGUAUUGUUUGAUUUUGAUUCUUGGUGGGUCCAAUGGAGCAUAUUUGAACACUAGGAACGGGCUUUCAAGCCAGACCAAGCAAAUAUCUUUUCUUGAAACUUCACCAGAUGACACCCAAAUCUCUAGAGAAGAGAAAGCAUUUCGCUUUUGGCUGAAUAGCCUGGGAAAUUCAACUUAUGUAGACAACGUCUUUGAAGACCUAAGAAAAGGGGUGGAGCUAAGAAGGUCAUUAUCUCUGCUCCUGGCAAUGAUGCUCCCAUGUUCGUUGUGGGGGUCUCAAGGAGAAAGAAGCUGGAGCUUAACAUUGUCUCCAAUGCUAGCUGCACCACCAACUGCCUCGCUCCCCUUGCAAAGGUUGUUCUUAAAGACUGUUGAUGGACCAUCUUCCAAGGACUGGAGGGGUGGUAGAGCUGCUUCUUUUAACAUUAUACCUAGUAGCACUGGAGCUGCAAAGGCGGUUGGGAAAGUGCUACCAGCGCUAAAUGGGAAAUUGACUGGAAUGGCCUUCCGUGUUCCCACCAUUGACGUUUCUGUGGUUGAUCUAACUGUGAGACUGGAGAAGGGGGCUAGUAAUGAUGAAAUCAAAGCUGCUAUCAAGCAUGGGAUGGAUGCUCAAGGUCCUGCUGAUUAUUUGUUGCACUGUGUUUAGUUUGAUCUUAUUAUUGCGGUGAUGGUCAUCAGGGAAGAGUCUGAGGGAAAACUAAAGGGAAUCUUAGGUUACACUGAAGAUGACGUAGUGUCCACUGACUUUGUAGGUGACAACAGGUCCAGCAUGUUUGAUGCUAAGGCUGGAAUUGCUUUGAAUAAGAAUUGCUUGGAAUUGUUCUGAUCUGACUUCAGUCUGGGCCAGUACUGAUCUGUUGAGCUUGAAGAUGGUAUUUUAAGACAUGGUGUUGAACUGCUGGAGUUGUGCAAGUUUAAGAGACAUUAAAUGUAAUUAGAGAUUGUUUAAAUCCUCUUGAAGGAUUAAAACCAUUUUUUUAAU